CCAGCGAGUGGCGUCAUUUUGUCAAAACAAACAACAAAAUCAGCUGAUUUCUAGUGCGCGUAAAACCGGCGGAUUUCCGGAAAUAGUAUAAGGAAUAGUGGAAAGCAGUAGUUCCCGCCUCCGAAUGAAGCUUCUCGAUUUGGACGAAGACUCGUUGAUGGAAAUAUUUUCCUACUUCAACUUCGAAGAGCUGCUGUCCCUGUCGACCGUCUGCCUCCCCUUUCUUCAUUUGUGCCAGCGUCAUCUUCGGAAAAUCCGCUUCUUUGCUCUCGACUAUCGCAAAGUUUCGGCCCGACCAAACCGCAUCGAGCAUGUGCGUAACAUUUUUCAAGCUCUCGGACCCUCACUGGAAGGGUUCCGGUUCUCCGGCGGGUACAUUAUGGACGAAAUGCUCAAGCAAUCGAUAGUGGUCAAUUUGGCAAACUGUUCGGCGCUGCGCCACCUGACGAUUAAUUACGUGAAGCUGAAUGAUCAACAUCUCAAGCAUUUGGCUUCGCUACUCUCGACGUUGGUAACGCUGGAUUUAGGACACUGUGAUCUAGAAGAUGCUAGUCUACUAGAAUUUCUACAAUCGCACCCGUUGCAGCUACGGGUGCUCUCCAUUCCGGGAAACACGAAUCUGAGUGGAACGUUUUUCCAUGAUUGGACAGACUGCGAAACGCUCGAGCAGUUGGACAUUAGCUACUGUUUCUCGCUCAAUAUUGACCGUAUGGAGGACUUUCUGAUCCGUGCUAAACGGCUUACUGCUAUCAACGUCACCGGAAGCCUGUGGUUGCAGCGCAACAAGCAAAUCUUCACGCUCCAGGGGCGAACCAUCACCAUGGGAACGGAUAUAAUCGAGUUUCAGUAUUCUGAAGGCGGCUAAACUUCCGAUCAAUCGCCAGAUUGAUUCGCUUUUCGUGAUAUUUUUACAAACAUAAAAAACCAAAAACAACUGAACGCAUACCACUAGUUUCUCUCUUAAGAGAACCAUUAUGAUACAAUUUGGAAGUCAUUUUUUCGGAUUCAAAUUAAGAUAAUAACAUGCAAAAUUCCAGCUAAUAAAGCAUGCCCACUAAUUUCGUCAAUUCCUUGAUAUUGUAAAAAUAGAAGGAUUUAUUUUCUGUAAUCUUGACGAUUAUUUAGCACCCUCGGAUUUCCAAUGUCGCAUCGUGGGAAAAUCGUAUUGAACUUUAUAGCCCGCAUUUUGUGCCUUAUUGUGUUGAUGAUAUAAAAAGAUGAAAGUUGAAGUUAUUAUUUUGAACGUAACGUGCUUUUAAUAAAAAAAAAUCAUUUUAAUAUAUCUUGUUGCAUUAUUCC